CUGUUUUAUACCCUGACAGAAAUGGACAGCGUUCUCGCCACCCCAUGCAACAUUCAAAUAUGUGAGGUGACAUGUGAUUCGUUUCGCAUCGUGUGGGACAUGACUCCCGAAGACACGGCCAGAGCCACGCACUUCUUCAUUGACCUGAGCCGCAAAGAAUGCAGGGAUCCCAACCGCUUUAAACACAGGGAUGUGCCAACCAAACUGGUGGCCAAAGCUGUCCCCCUGCCCAUGGCCGUGAGGGGCCACUGGUUCCUCAGCCCCUGCACAGAGUACUGCGUGGCCGUGCAGACUGCGGUUCGACAGGCCGAUGGCGAAUACCUGGUGUCAGAGUGGAGCCAGGUGGUGGAGUUCUGCACAGGGGACUACGCCAUAGAACACCUUCAGCAGCUUCACGACAAGGCCAAAGGCUCUGCUGGAAGGCUUUUGAAAUUCUCCGUCUUUUAUCGCAAUCAGCAUCCACAUUAUUUUGACUGCGUCAGAAAGGACUGUGCGGGUCUGAUGCGCCCCGCCCUUAAAGACACGAGUGGAAGUCAUGGUUCUCCCAUAAAUGGCAAACUGCAGGGAGUCUUCUUUAGCUGCAACACCGAGUUUGAUACAGGGCUCCCCCCGAAAGACUCUCCGUACGGCCCCCUGCGCUUCCAGAUUGCAGCUGGACACCUGCUCAAUCCAAACAUCUCUCUGUACUUUGCUGACUUCUAUUGCAUGUACACAGCCUACCACUAUGUGGUUUUGGUGCUGGCCCCUGUGGGAACAGAGGGAGACCACUUUUGCAGAAGCCGCCUCCCCAGGCUGGACUUGGCCAGCAAUCCGUUCUUGACAUACAGCGACCCCCAGAGGCCGGGGGAGGAGCCAGUGUACUGCCAUGCCAGUGACGUCAUCCUUGAGGUGCUCUUCACAGAGCCGGUGAGUUUGGAUCAAGGCACAGUGGAGCUAAUCAGUGGACACCACCAGCUCAUGAGUUUGACCACUGCCAAUGCCAAGAAAGACCCGAGCUGCAAAGUCUGCAACAUCAGCGUGGGCCGCUGAGUCGCCUCACGAUUUAGGACAGGCCUGGGGGCAGCCGAGCGUCCGAGCCUAAAAAACAAGAAGCUUGUCAUGUGCGGGCCAAAACACAGAGGAAAACACCCGCAUCAUGCGGUGUGCAUGCUGUUUUUGCUUCUCCCUCAAACCCUCCCAGGCUAGAAUCGUGUUUCUAAGAGAAAUCAAUCUCACAUCUGACGCACAAGACUAAACAAACUGUGAUCCCUGGUUUCUUGGUGGUGUUUUAAGUAUUAUUUGUGGCAAUCAGAUUAUUAGUGAUUACAAUUUUGAAAAGAAAUUAAGACAAACUUUAUGGCAGUGCAAUGGUCUCCAGUUUCACAGUUCUGACCUUUGGGGGUGGAAUCUGAACCCUGUGGAGUUAGCAUGUUUCCCAGUGUUCGAGUGAGAUGUCCCCCCUCCCCCCCCCCCCCAGAUACUCCAGCUUCCUUCCACACCCAAAUUAAUCAUGUAAGGUUCAAUGACAACUAAAUUGUCCAUAGGUGUGAAUCAGAGUGUGAAGGUUUGUCUGCAGUGAUUGGCAAUGUGCGUUAGGAUUGGCUUAAGCUCAUCAAUGUCUUCUAACGAGCACACAGAAAAUAGUCGCUAUUGUGAUUUUGAGUUGCAACAAAAAAACAGUCAUCAUUGUAAUUUUGAGUAGUAACAGGCGCCUUGACAAUGUCGGCUGCCCUGUUUGACCUUCCCCUGUCACUUCACUCUCCUCUACUCAUGUUGCACCACCACCCCUAUCCUAACCCUAUCCCCCUAUUUAGUCUCGGCAACAGCCAGCGAUGAGAUCUUCAAAGUUGGCCUGUAUUUGGUGGCCACGUGAAUUGUCAUAUACACUACUUAUGACUUGUUUUGGUUUACUUUCACAUUGCUGAACAUGAGUUUGAAGUCCCUAAUGUGACCCUUAAGACCUAUUAAAAGGGGUUGCCCCACACAACUACUUUAAUUAUGUGUCACUUAAACAGUGUUUGAUUACCUUUGUCAAUCCUUCAUUUGUCUUUGCUUUCUCAAGUGUGUAUUUUGAACAUCUAUCUCGACCUAAAAAUAAAUGCAUUCUCCAUAACAGAUGUGAUAAAGACAAUGGGUGGUCAAAGCCCCCUCCUAUCAGUCAGAUAGUUUAUCGAGCUAAGAUUAGCUUGUAUCCUGCUAAGGGGUUUGGAUUUGUCCCCAACGAGUAAUCUGUGACCUAUUUGCGAAUCCCAAAGAUGCCCACCCUCUGUUACAGCAUGGAUGAAUAAGUAAGAGUGUGUAGUGUCGACUCACACGAAAGACUGGUGUUCAAUAAAAAUGAACAAUUAUAACAGUGUGCUUUUUAAUUAAUACACAAUAAAAAAGCGAGUCAGAAAAGCACAACGCACAAUGAA